ACUGGAAGCCGCAGAGGAGGGAGGGAGAGAGCCCUUGGCGGCUCGCGGCGCCGCACCACACCACCACCAAAACACGCACGCACCGAACGCUUCGAUGGGGCGGCUGCGCGCGUGCACCCGCCUCCGUCGCCUCCUCGCGACGAGGCCUCCUCAUCCGGCUCCGCCGCCGCCGCCGCCGAGGACGACGACGACGGGCCAGACUCUCCCGUGCUUCUCCGCUAGGGCCUUCUCGUCGGCCUCGGCGGUCGCCGUCGCGGUGCCGCACGAGGCGCGCGACUCCGGCCUCGGGAGCUCGGCCUACUGGGCCUGGAUCCGGGCGGCGGCCGAGUCGGCCCCGGCCCCGCCUCCGCAGCAAGAGGAGGAGGAUGAGGGCCUCGCGCGCUGCAUCCCCGUCAAGGCGUACUUCCUCUCCACCAGCAUUGAUUUGAAGAGUUUGCAGGCGGACCAUGGGAGCGACGUGGUACCUCCGUCGACCCGAUCAUUGAACUACAUUGCACUCCGAUACUCAGAAUUCCCUCAAGAAAUCAUGGACAUUGGAGUUAAGGACAACAGAUUUUGCUAUCGCUAUGUGGUUGUGUUCCAAUAUGGUUCGGCUGUGCUUUUCAACAUUGCUGACCAUGAGGCUGAGCACUAUCUUGAUAUCAUCAGGAAACAUGCUUCAGGAUGGCUUCCGGAGAUGAGAAAAGAUGAUUAUGCAGUAGUUGAGAAGCCCUCCCUGACAACAUGGAUGAAAGGAGGUCUUGACUAUAUAGUUCUUAAAAGCCUAGAUACAGAUGGAAUUCGCAUCAUUGCAAGUGUUCUUGGCCAAAGUAUUGCUCUUGAUCAUUACAUACGGCAGGUCGAUGACAUGGUUGAGGAAUUUACUGAAAUUAAUCGUGUCAUGGAGAAGACUGGGAACUUUACCAUGCAAAGAAAGAAGCUGUUCCAACUUGUUGGCAAGGCUAAUUCUAACCUUGCUGAUGUUAUCAUCAGACUUGGCCUUUUUGACAGGUCUGAAAUCGCUUGGAAAAAUUCAAAUUAUGCUCAAAUACUUGAGUAUCUUCGGGAAGAAUAUGAGCUGAACCAACGUUUUGGAAGCCUCGACUUCAAAUUGAAAUUUGUGGAGCACAACAUUCAUUUUCUUCAAGAAGUUCUCCAGAAUAGAAGAUCAGAUUUGCUGGAGUGGGGUGUCAUUAUACUGCUGAUUAUCGAGAUUGUCAUCUCAUUAUACGAAAUUAUCAAGGAUUCCAGCAUGAUGUCCUGAGAGCACACUAUCCAACAUCUUUGACAGCCAUCCACCCACAUCACCCUACUGUUAUGCUAACCCACACUCUACUUCCCACAAUUGAUGCUAACCUUAGUUGAAAGGAAGUAAAAGCUCCCUUUCAUAGCUUUACUUUUGUGUUAUACUGCCUGGGAUGCAUUUUUGUUAGUUUAUUUAUUCUGCUGGUUCCAAGUAUACCUCACAGCUAACAAGAGCAGUUAAUUCUUUCUCCAAAUCCCAGGAAUUCAGUUCCCCAGGUUUCUACGGGAAGAGUUUUGGUUUUCCUCUUUAUGCAUUUCAACAGAUGUUCUUGGUACAUGCCCCAUUUGCUGAUACCACUGCUGUCAGGGUUUACUUACUCCUGUAGGACCUAUGUUGGUCCCAAACUCCCAAUUUUGUGGUAAGACAUGAGACCAGCAGGCUGCCGGCUAUUAGAAGGGAUGUAAAAAUGAUGCGAAAACGUCAAAUAUUUAAUGGCAUAUCCUCUGUACUAUAAGCGUCCCUACUA